AUGUGUGUAAGUUGGCUCAACUUCUCCAACUCCCUCUCCAUCUUCCCAUUACACACGCCACACCAUGUGGAAGCUUUCCAGAAAACGAACCUCAUCGCACGCGCGCAGCAGGUCAAGACUCGUCAACGACGUUGCCUAGGUACGUCUUAUGCAUACGCAGUAUAUGCAACUCAACCUCCCUCCCUGGCUACCACCUCACAGUCCGAUUAA